GAAAGAACAACAAAACAGUCAAAGAUAUAUUUUCUUUCAGAAAAUUAUAAGAAAUAUGAAGUCCGAAAAACUUAAAAGAAACUUUUGGGUUUCCGCCGAAAUAGAGUGCAUGCUCGACUUGAUAAAGGAAGUGAACAACUGCCAAGGAGCCUUGUCCACAAGCACCACGCAAUAUACAUUUGUUCAAAUUGCCAACCAGAUGAAAAAGCGAGGCUUUCCAAAUAAGUCUCCCACACAAAUUAGGAGAAAAUGGUUUCAAAUGAAAAGUGCUUAUCUGUGCUACAAAAAGGGCAACGUUGAUAGGCUGUUUCUAAUACCCGAGAAAUUUCGUAAUGUUAUUGCCCAGUUUGUAGAAAGCGGUGAAAAAAUUGGACGUUCAAACUUGUCAACAAUUUCGACUGGAACUCCGCCAGUAAUGCAACAAAGCCAAGAAGUCCUUUCAGAGGAGGAUACUUCCGUCAUGGAUAAAUUUCUGAUUCAAAUCAGAAAGAACAAUAAAAUGAUUAAUUCUGAGUUUGCAAGGAUGGAAGAAUCGCUUAUUCAAUUUGAGCAGAAAUGUCAAUUUAUUCGAGACAGAAAUCUUAUAAAGCUUAUUGAUACUUGUUAGUUAAUAAUGUGUGUUAAAUAUGUACAAAAUAGAGUAAAUAUUUAAGGUUUGUUAUAAUCAUGAUUAGUAAAUAAUAAAACUGAAUAACUUUUA